AAAACCCCCGCGGCUUUAUCCAACAAAUAUUUUGUUAGGCCAUAGCCCUGGCUCCCCUCUGCCUCCUACGAUACGAGCCCCCCCUAGCUCCCCACCACCUCCCCCCUAUAGCCAUUCAUGGCCAUCACCACCAUGUGUCGCCACCCCCACCUCCUCCACUCCCCACCCACUCCGCUUCCCGGCCCCCAUUAAACCUCCCGUGAGCUAGCUCGCUCGCUCGCGAUCCGCAUCACCGCGCGACGUUUCCCGUCGCACCCCGUCUCUCUGUAGUCUGGACCGUUGCGUUGCCUUCCUGCCUUGCGUUGGUUCUCCGGCCAUGAUGGGCAUCGACCUCAACACCGUGGAGGAGGACGAGGAGGAGGGCGGCGCGGCGGCGGAGCCGGCCAGGGGCGCGGUGUGCCUGGAGCUGUGGCACGCGUGCGCCGGCCCCGUGGGGCCGCUGCCACGGAAGGGCAGCGCCGUCGUGUACCUGCCGCAGGGCCACCUCGAGCACAUCGGGGACGCGGGUUCUGCGGCUGCCAAGGUGCCGCCGCACGUGUUCUGCCGCGUCGUCGACGUCAAUCUCCAGGCGGACGCCGCGACGGACGAGGUGUACGCGCAGGUCACGCUGGCGGUCGACAACGAGGAAUCGAAGAGGCGGGUGCGGGACGGGGAGAAUGAGGAAGCCCGCGACGGUGACGGCGAGGACGCUGACGCCAUGAAGCGGCUCCCGCGGAUACCGCACAUGUUCUGCAAGACGCUCACGGCUUCCGACACCAGCACGCACGGGGGCUUCUCCGUGCCUCGCCGUGCCGCCGAGGACUGCUUCCCGCCGCUGGAUUACAGCCUGCCGAGGCCGUCCCAGGAGCUCGUGGCCAAGGAUCUGCACGGCACUGAGUGGAGAUUCCGACAUAUCUAUCGAGGCCAGCCACGAAGGCACCUUUUAACCACUGGAUGGAGUGCAUUUGUCAAUAAGAAGAAGCUUGUCUCUGGGGAUGCAGUACUGUUCCUCCGAGGUGAAGAUGGAGAGCUUCGAUUGGGAGUGCGCCGUGUUGCUCAGCUAAAAAAUGUAUCUCCCUUUCCGGCACCUCAUAACCAGGACCCAGGUCACAGUAGUCUUGGAAAUGUUGCCCAUGCUUUGGCAGUGAAAAGUACUUUCCACGUCUACUAUAAUCCCAGGUUAUGCCAAUCUGAGUUUAUUAUACCAUAUUGGAAGUUCAUGAGAAGUGUUGGACAGCCUUUUUCUGCUGGAAUGAGGUUCAAAAUGAGAUACGAAAACGAAGAUGCUUCUGAAAGAAGGUCCACCGGGAUAAUAAUUGGGAGCAGAGAGUCAGACCCGAAGUCGUAUGGUUCGAAGUGGAAAUGUUUGGUGGUGAGAUGGGAUGAUGAUAUAGAGGGCCGUCGGCCUAAUAGGGUAUCUCCUUGGGACAUUGAGCUUACUGGAGCAGUUUCAGGAUCUCAUCUGUCCAUUCACCAUUCAAAACGGAUGAAACCAUGCCUUCCCCAAGUUAAUCCAGAUAUGUUGCUUCCAAGUGGAAGUGUUUCUUCGGAUUUUGCGGAAUCUGCCAGAUUCCAUAAGGUCUUGCAAGGUCAAGAAUUGUUGGGUUUUAAAACUCAUGAAGGUACUGUGAGUGCAUCUUCUCAGGCGUCUGAAGCAAGAAGUUUUCAGUACACUGAUGAACGGAGUUGCUCUAUCAACAUGAGUAACGUCGCAGGGGUUCCAAGACUUGGUGCUGGAACCCCACCUGGAAACCAUGGGUUUUCCUACCACUGCUCAGGCUUUGGGGAAUCUCAAAGAUUCCAAAAGGUCUUGCAAGGUCAAGAAGUGUUUCGUCCUUACCGAGGAGGAACUUUGUCUGAUGCUGUUAUAAGAGGUUCUGGCUUCUGCCAACGUGAUGGCAACCAUGCGUCUGGUGCAACAUAUAAAUGGCUUGCGCCACAAGGAUGUGAUUACCAUGGGCCAACACCAGCAAUGCCGCAAGCAUCCUCUCCAUCAUCUGUGCUAAUGUUUCCACAAAUUAGCUCCAAGAUACCUAGCUUUGAAUACGUAUACAGAAGCCUGGAUAAGGAUGAGAAUAUUAGUCUUAACCCUACUCAAGGUAUGGGAAGAACCAAUCGUACAUUACCUCUCUGGCCUCACCUUGUUUCUGGCAAAGUGAUAGAUGAAUGCACUGGGUCUGAGAAGUUGCAGACACCUGACAAGGGUCCAGAGCAUGAACCAAAUGUCUGCAAGAUCUUUGGUAUCUCUUUGACUCAAAAGGUUCAGGCAGGCGAUGAAGUGGAUUGUGGCAAUGGCAAUUACAGUUCACGGCACCUGUCUUCAAAGCCACAAAUGCCAAAAUCACUACGCAACAGUUGUGCGACUGUUCAUGAGCAAAGGCCUGCUGUUGGCAUGGUGGUCGAUGUUUCUGCAGUUGAUAUGAUGAUCUGAUUCGUCUAAUUUAUCCUAGGGGAGGAGAAGCCGAAAUAAUAGCCUGUUGCAAAAUUCAAAUUAGUGAUACUCGUGGACGCAAAACCUACAUUCUGGUCGGUUCAUCCCUGAUCCCUCUACAUGUUGUUGCCAGUUUGCCACCAACUUAUGUAUCUUAGGUCGGUAACCACAUCCUGGUUUAUGAAAGGGGCACCUGGUGAAUGCAUGGACCAAGAGUGCUUAUCGAAUUUGUUGUGCACUUUCUCAAGCUUUGAUUAUCUUGCUAGAACCUCAACUUAAGCUCUCUUCUUAAUCAGCAUUUAUGUUGUAAGACUUAAUAUUUGUCUGGAUAAGCACAAUUUGAUUUCCAAGUA